GAAUCAUCGGGAUGUAUAUGGGAGAGAUAUUGUACUUUGGUUAAUUAAACUUUGUUACAAUAUUACAAGCUGCCUCAAUUCAGUAUGGUUUCUUGUAGUAAAAUUGGAGAAUGGAAAUCCUCCAACUUAUUAUAUUAUACAAGUUAUAAAUCGCAUACUACUAGAUGCGAUUUUAACUUACCGGGCACAUCAAAUUAAUGAGAUUAUUCAUCCGAAGACCGUUGUAGAAUUUUUGGACCGAAUAAUUCUUGUGUUUGUUGAGCGUUUUGAAGUUGGUCUGGCUACUAUUUUCUUAAUUGCUCAUUUGAUUUUUGAGGGAGUAUUCUUGAGCACACUCUUCCGAGUCGACUGUACUAAUUCCGAUUUUACGGAAUGCAAAACUAAAAUUGACUUGGAACUUGAAUCUCAUGGGGAUGGAGCAUUGGUGGAGGAAUUAUUAUUUGCUUAUAUCAUUCCUGUCGAAUUGUUUAUUGGAGUAGUAGAGUAG